CAACUAUUAACGCCUCAUACCAAGGGUUAGGGUUUUGCUAGGGUGUUUGAACUUUGAAGCGGCGAAGAAAGCAGUACCAGCAUCUGUUGUCAAUUUUCUCGAUUAUCAAUGGCGAAAAAACGAGAGAGACAUCAAAAUCCAGAACCUUUCUUAUCGGAUGACACCAACAAAUCUGUCUCCAAGAAGCGCACCAAACCCGCUAAACAGCAUCAGAGCGAAGAAAAGCUUAUAUCGGCGGGCAUGAGCUCCAAAAUUUUGAAGGAGGCUUUGCUUCAGCAAAAGGAGAUUCAGGAUGAGGCAGAUGCCGAAAACCCUGAUAACAUUGUUUUCUCGGAAGAACCUGUUACUCAGACUCAAGUAGAUGAAGACGAUGACGUUGACAACUUUGCUGGAUUCUCUGAUAAUCACAGUCAAUUUGGCGGUUAUGAGGAAGAAAUUAAUGAGGAUGAAGAGAAGUUACUCGAAGCCUUCUUCUCCAAAGAUACUGGUCCUCAGCAAACAUUGGCUGAUGUCAUAUUGAGAAAGAUCAAACAAAAAGAUCAAAUGCCUCCAGGUUUAUCUGCAGUACUUCAACCAUCGCCCAAAUUGGAUGAUUCCAUCAUAGAAAUAUACAAGAGUGUUGGAGAGAUUUUCAAGAAAUAUACCUCAGGAAAACUCCCAUUGGCCUUCAAAAGCAUACCAGCAAAACAAAACUGGGAGGAACUUUUAUACUUGACAGAACCAGAUAAAUGGUCACCAAAUGCAGUUUAUCAAGCCACCCGAAUACUUGCUUCCAAUAUGAGUUCAAGUAAAGUGACAAAGUUUUACAAAUUUGUUUUACUCCCUCGUAUCAGACAAGAUAUACGCAAGAACAAGAAGCUUCAUUUUGCAUUAUAUCAAGCUUUGAAAAAGUCUGUAUACAAACCAUCUGCCUUCCAUAAAGGAAUCUUGUUCCCACUAUGUGCUUCUAGGACUUGUAAUUUGAGAGAAGCUGUUAUUAUUGGAAGUAUUCUUCAAAAGGUCUCAAUUCCACCACUUCAUUCCAGUGCUGCUCUAAUGAAACUUGCAGAAAUGGAAUAUGGUGGCACAACAAGUUAUUUUAUAAAGAUAUUAGUUGAGAAGAAAUAUGCUUUGCCAUAUAGAGUUAUUGAUGCAAUGGUUGCACAUUUUAUGAGAUUUUGUGAAGAUUCCAGGGACAUGCCUGUCAUUUGGCAUCAGUCACUUCUUGCAUUUAUGCAAAGGUAUAAACAUGAACUCACAAAGGAGCAAAAAGAUGACAUUAAUUAUCUUGUCAAGAAGCAGAGACAUAAACUGGUGACACCUGAAAUUCUAAGAGAGCUGAAUAAUAGCCGAAUCCGUGGGGAGAAGGAGGAUGAUCUUAUAUGUGCCCAUGGAAGAGGAUUAAUUUUAAGAAGCUCACUUGCCCUUUUUGGAAUUGUGUGUGCUUAUGUUGCAAGAGUAUGCGGAUUAUUUUAUGAAGUGUGAGGAAUAUAAUUAGCAGUUUUGUAGAAAAUACUUUGUAGUGUCAUUAGUAUGUAUUGUUUUAACUGUUCUGAAAUUAUUUAUAUGUUUGCAAAACUAUUCUUUUACAUAGGCAUAGGCAUGUUUGAGGUUAAAUGUAAAAUUUGACCACUUUGCAUCAAACUUAAAAAUAAAACAGAAAUAGGGAA